GGUUUGGAAAAAAUAAUGGGUGAGCAGAGAAGUCUUUUGCUACUGGCUAAGGCUAUCGAUCCCAAGCAAACCAAUAUGAUGACUGAUGUAGUUAAGCUUCUUUCUGCGAUAUGUAUCGUUGGCGAGGAAAACAUCCUCGAAAAAAUUUUGGAAGCAUUGACUGCAGCAGCAGAAGAAAGAAGCAAUGACAGAUUCUGCCCCAUUGUGGAAGGCCUUCAAGGGAAUUCAGUCCAUUUGCAAGUAGCUUGCAUGCAGCUCAUCAAUGCCCUUGUUACAUCACCUGAGGAUCUGGACUUCAGGCUUCACAUUAGAAAUGAAUUUAUGCGCUGUGGAUUGAGAGAACGGUUGCCUCAAUUGAAAUGCAUGAAGAACGAUGCUUUGGAUAUCCAGCUCAAAGUAUUUGUUGAACACAAAGAGGAGGACAUGACUGAAUUCUCACAUCGUUUAGAUGAUAUCCGAGCAGAGCUAGAUGAAUCAAAGGAUGUUUACAACAUGGUGUGGAACACAGUUAAAGAUACAAACGCGGAAGGCUAUUUUCUGUCUAUACUCCAGCAUCUUUUGCUGAUUCGGAAUGACUAUUAUGUACGACCCCUGUAUUUCAAAUUAAUCGAAGAGUGCAUUUCACAGAUAGUUCUGCAUCGAAGCGGAGUAGAUCCAGAUUUUAGUUAUCGUAAAAGAUUGGAUGUAGACUUCAGUCAUUUGAUGGAUGUUUGUAUUGAUCAACAUAAAAUUGAAGAACUUGAAGAAAGGGCUUUAGACUUCUCAAAAAAGUUUGAAAAUGAAUUUGUAGCUCAUCAGGAGACAAAGGCACAGCUUCAGAAAGCUGAAGAAAAAAUGCAUCGGCUUGAGGCUGAGCUAGGAGCUUACAAAUGCCAGAAUGGCUCUACACCUGGAGGUGUAGAUGCUUGUUCCUUGCCAACCCUGGAGGGACAAGAAGGUUCAACUGAUGCCGUGGGUCACUUAGUGCAGCCUUCAACACCUCUUCCUGGAGCUGUGCCACCCCCACCCCCGCCACCUCCCCCAUUGCCCCCCUCAUUUACUCCAGGCGCAGGAAAGCUACCUCCUUUGGGUGGUGCUGUUCCUCCUCCCCCGCCCCCACCCCCUGGGGGACAGUGUUCUCCUCACGUGCUGCCAUUUGGACUGAAACCCAAAAAACAGUUUAAACCCGAGAUCACUAUGAAAAGACUCAAUUGGUCAAAGAUUAGACCACACGACAUGUGUGAGAACUGCUUCUGGUUAACAGCAAAUGAUGGCAGAUACGAAUCUGCUGAUCUGCUGGGCAAACUGGAGCUCACGUUUUGUUGUCAAAGGAGAGAGAGGACUAAAGAUGACGACCUUGAAGAGAAGAAAUGUAUUAAAAAGCAAAUCAAAGAACUCAAAAUUCUGGAUCCAAAAACUGCUCAAAACCUUGCUAUUUUCCUAGGUUCUUUCCGGGUGCCUUACGAAGACAUCAGAACAAUGAUACUGGAGGUAGAUGAAACCCAGCUCUCAGAGUCCAUGCUUCAGAAUUUAAUUAAGUACCUUCCUGAACAAAAACAACUUGGUGAAUUGCCCAAGUGGAAGAGUGAAUAUAAUAACUUGUCGGAGCCGGAGCAGUUUGCAGUUGUGAUGAGUGGUGUGAAGAGGCUGCAGCCACGGUUGAGUGCUAUUCUUUUUAAGCUUCAGUUUGAGGAGCAGGUAAGCAACAUCAAACCCGACAUCAUGGCUGUCAGUGCCGCCUGCGAAGAGAUCAAGAAGAGCAACAGCUUCCGCAAGCUGCUGGAACUGGUGCUGCUAGUGGGAAAUUACAUGAAUGCGGGAUCGCGGAAUGCACAGACCUUUGGGUUUAACCUCAGCUCCUUAUGUAAACUAAAGGACACUAAAUCUGUCGAUCAGAAAACUACAUUGCUUCAUUUUCUUGUUGAAAUAUGUGAGGAGAAAUACCCCGAUGUCCUGAGGUUUGUUGAAGAUUUGCAACAUGUAGAUAAAGCAAGCAGAGUUUCAGCAGAAAGCUUGGAGAAGAGCUUAAAGCAGAUGGAAAGGCAGCUUAAGCAACUUGAGAAGGAUUUGGAGACCUUUCCCCCUCCUGAGGAUAUUCAUGACAAAUUUGUGACAAAGAUGUCCACCUUUGCAAUCCAAGCAAAGGAACAGUUCCAGAAACUUUCUAGGAUGCAUAACAACAUGGAAAAACUCUAUCAGAAUGUUAUGGGAUAUUAUGCCAUUGAUCUGAAGAAAGUUUCGGUGGAAGAAUUUCUGACAGACUUGAACAAUUUCAGGACAGCAUUCACGCAAGCCGCAAAGGAGAACACGAGAAGAAGAGAAGCCGAAGAAAAGCAGAGACGUGCUAAUAUUGCUAAGGAAAAAGCAGAAAAAGAGAAGCUAGAAAGACAACAGAAGAAGAAACACCUGCUAGGAAUGAACACAGAAGGUGACGAGAUGGGAGUGAUGGAUAGCUUAUUGGAGGCCUUGCAGUCAGGCGCUGCUUUCCGAGACAGGAGGAAGCGAACAACGCAGUCUAAAGAUAUGAUACAGAAUCUCAGCCCAUCCUCCCAGAGGCCUGUUCUGAAAGCUUGUAACCAUGAAAACCAGGUAGCGACAACAGAAAAGCAUUUGCACCACGGUGUGAACACACUGUCGGCAAGGAAUCAACUGAGCAAGGAAUGUAACCAUGAGAUAGAAGCCAGUUCAUCUUUAGAAAAGAGGAAAGCUGUUGGGAAGAAGGAAAGCAGACAUGGUGGAAGCAGCAGAGAGAAGGAAGGGGAGCUUUCUGGAUGUUCUACCAAACGAGAAGCAAUUCCCGAAGUGGAAGCCCUGCUAGCACGAUUGCGAGCACUGUAAAUCCUUUCGCCAGUAAAAUGCUAAGAGAGCCCUUUCAAACACACAGGAACAGUGUGGGGCAGCCCUCCCCAGACCGUACCACUUCAAAAUGCAGGUGGAAUACUUUCUGUUAUCAAAAAUCUGUGCCUAUGGAAAGCAAGCAUAUCAGGUAGAAAGAAAGGCAGGAAGAGCCUUUCUUCUUUAUAUGCUAGUUUAUAAUAUAUGUGUGUGUGUAUUUUUUUUUUAAUGGCGAGUUUUCAAAUACCUGUUCUCCACCUGCAUUCAGAGAUGAGACCAUCUUUUGAAGACUGUAUAUUGUGCCUUCUCUGAAUGUUUGAAUCACCAACAUGAAUAAGACCUUCUUUUCUUUUCUGUUGCAUAUUUAGACUAUAUGUGCCCUUUCAUUUUGCACACGUAUUUUAUAUCCGGCUUUAUUCUUUCGGUAAGGCACCAAUGCAUCAUGUCUUGUGCCUGACUAUAAAAUCGUUCCUUGUGUGACUGUAAUGUGGCUCGGCUACUAGAUGGGAGGCAAUUCA